CAGUUUAUAAUAAUCACUUCAAUCAAUAUCCUCAACUAACCAACAAUGGCUAAACUUCACAUUGCAUUGUUCUUCAUUCCAUUCUUCCUAUCUUCCAUUUUUUCUAUUUCCAUGGCUCAAUGGGUAAAGCCCGUCGAUCCAUUCAUGCAGAUUCCGGUUCGCCCAAACCCUCGCCCUGCCGAGAAAUCAGCAGCUAUCCGAGUUUACGUCCAAGAUGCGUUAGGGGGGCCCAACGCGACCGUAUGGGAGGUUGCAACGGCAGAGAUCACAGGAAAUUCCUCGACACAAUUCGGACAAAUUAGGGUUUUGGAUGAUAAAUUGACUUCUAGUCCCAAAAGAAACUCUACUGAGGUGGGACGAAUUCAAGGGCUUAUAACUUCAUCGGGGUUUGGGGAGUAUGCGCUUACGAUGAACUUGAAUGUUUGGUUUACGGCUGGAGAGUACAACGGGAGCACACUUUGCAUAGUUGGGAGGAAUCCGAUCGGCCAAAGGGACCGGGAACUACCCAUUGUUGGAGGGACCAAAUUGUUUCGGAUGGCUCAAGGAUACUCUAUCUCGAAUACUUAUUCGUAUGAUCCAGUUGAGAAUUACGGGGUUUUGGAGUACACAUUUUAUGUAUAUUAUUAAGACCAUAUAUAUAUUCAUGUUCAAUUUGACUAGUAUCAAAUAAGUGAUUUUUGUUUAUUGUUGAAUUGUACGGAUAUUAUUGAAUUU